AUGGCAGGCCUCUACCGACUCGCCGGCCACAGCGCCAAGAGGUUAUGUCUGCGCCCGGCAGCUUCCUCGUUCAACGCCGUUCGCCCUUUCUCGACGACCUACCGCCGCCGAUACGCCGAUGCCUCCACCGAAUACCAAGGAACGAGGCUCACGCCCGUCGCCUCCGACUUCUCUCCCGCCGCCGACCCUUACAGCAUUACCCGGCCAGUGGGCACCGAUGGCCACACCAAGGUUACCGAGGAGGGCGUGGAGGACCGCAAGAUCCGCCACUACACUGUCAACUUCGGUCCCCAGCAUCCCGCCGCUCACGGUGUGUUGCGUCUGAUUCUCGAGAUCAACGGUGAAGAAAUCGUCAGAGCCGACCCCCACGUUGGCCUCCUCCACCGAGGUACCGAGAAGCUCUGCGAGUACAAGACAUACACUCAGGCCCUUCCCUACUUCGACCGUCUCGACUACGUUUCCAUGAUGACGAACGAGCAAUGUUUCGCCCUGGCUGUUGAGAAGCUCCUGAACGUUGAGAUCCCCGACCGCGCGAAGUGGAUUCGCACCCUGUUCGGCGAGAUCACCCGUAUCCUGAACCACUUGAUGUCCGUUUUGUCGCACGCCAUGGACGUUGGUGCUCUGACGCCCUUCUUGUGGGGCUUCGAGGAGCGUGAGAAGCUCAUGGAAUUCUAUGAGCGUGUCUCCGGUGCUCGUCUCCACGCCGCCUACGUCCGUCCCGGAGGUGUCCACCAGGAUAUCCCCGUGGGUCUUCUUGACGACAUCUACCAGUGGGCCACUCAGUUCGGCGACCGUAUCGACGAGACCGAAGAGAUGCUUACAGACAACCGUAUUUGGAUCCAGCGUCUCCAGGGUGUUGGUGUGAUCUCUGCCGCCGAGGCUCUGAACCUGUCUUUCACUGGUGUCAUGCUCCGUGGUUCCGGUGUUCCUUGGGAUAUCCGCAAGAGCCAGCCUUAUGAUGCUUAUGACCAGGUUGAGUUUGAUGUUCCCGUCGGUGUCCGUGGCGACUGCUACGACAGAUAUCUCUGCCGUAUGGAGGAGUUCAGACAAUCCCUGCGUAUCAUCCACCAGUGUUUGAACAAGAUGCCUGCCGGCCCCAUCCGCUGCGAGGACUACAAGAUCUCUCCCCCGCCCCGCUCUGCCAUGAAGGAGAACAUGGAGGCUCUCAUCCACCACUUCCUCCUCUACACCAAGGGCUACACAGUUCCCCCUGGUGAGACAUACUCUGCCAUCGAGGCCCCCAAGGGUGAGAUGGGUGUCUACGUCGUCAGUGACGGUAGCGAGAGGCCCUACCGUGUCCACAUCAGAGCCCCUGGUUUUGCCCACUUGGGUGGCUUUGAUCACGUUUGCAAGGGUCACAUGCUUGCUGACGCUGUGGCGGUUAUCGGUACGAUGGAUUUGGUGUUCGGUGAGGUUGAUCGGUAG